AUGCAGGCAUUAUUUGUGAUCAUGGCUCUUGCUGUCAGCGCCCAGAAAUACGCCCGACCCCAGGGACCAGGACCUAACUGGGUCAACCCGAGCUGGACCACUGCCCCAAUUCAAGCGGCUCCUGCUACUCUUAACGCAGUGGUCGUGUCCGUAGUUCCCGGUCCGGUGAGUCCUGCGCCCGUAGUUCCGGGUCCGAUAGGUCCUGCUCCCGUAGCUCCCGGUCCGAUAGGUACUGCUCCCGUAGCUCCCGGUCCGGUAAGUCCUGCUCCCGUAGCUCCCGGUCCGGUGAGUCCCGGUCCGGUAAUUCCUGCGCCCGUUGCUACCGCUCCGGUGAGUCCCGCACCCGUUGCUACCGCUCCGGUGAGUCCCGCGCCUGUUGCUACCGCUCCGGUGAGUCCCGCGCCCGUUGCUACCGCUCCGGCGAGUCCCGCGCCUGUUGCUCCCGCUCCGGUGAGUUCUGCGUAG